AUGGCGGCUCCAACCGAGAGGAUGGAGGCUGACAGCUGCGAUCAGGCUGAAAACUGUGCAGAAAAGGUGUCACAGGCGGAGAACUUGCCCAAGCCUGCGGCCGAAGACAUGACGUCCAAAGACUACUACUUUGACUCCUACGCUCACUUUGGCAUCCAUGAGGAGAUGCUGAAAGACGAGGUCCGCACUCUUACCUACCGCAACUCCAUGUUCCACAACAAGCAUCUGUUCAAAGACAAGGUGGUGCUGGAUGUGGGCAGCGGUACAGGCAUUCUCUGCAUGUUUGCUGCAAAGGCGGGGGCCAAGCAAGUCAUUGGGAUCGAAUGCAGCAGUAUAUCUGACUAUGCUGUGAAAAUCGUCAAGGCUAACAAACUAGAUGAUGUGGUGACCAUCAUCAAAGGGAAGGUGGAGGAGGUGACUCUGCCUGUGGACGGGGUGGACAUCAUCAUCUCAGAGUGGAUGGGUUACUGCCUCUUCUACGAGUCCAUGCUCAACACGGUGCUGUACGCCCGCGACAAGUGGCUGAAACCAGACGGCCUGAUCUUUCCAGACCGAGCCACUCUCUAUGUGACUGCCAUCGAAGACCGACAGUACAAGGACUACAAAAUCCACUGGUGGGAGAACGUGUAUGGGUUCGACAUGUCAUGCAUCAAGGAAGUGGCGAUCAAAGAGCCGCUGGUGGACGUGGUGGACCCCAAGCAGCUGGUCAGCAGCGCUUGUCUCAUCAAGGAAGUGGACAUCUACACGGUCAAGGCAGAGGACCUGAGCUUCACCUCGCCCUUCUGCCUCCAAGUGAAGAGGAACGACUACAUCCACGCCCUGGUCACCUACUUCAACAUUGAGUUCACACGAUGCCACAAGAGGACGGGCUUUUCCACAAGCCCAGAGUCUCCAUACACUCACUGGAAGCAGACUGUGUUCUACCUGGAUGACUACCUGACUGUCAAAACUGGAGAGGAGAUCUUUGGCACCAUCAGCAUGAAGCCCAAUAGCAAGAACAACAGAGACCUGGACUUCAACGUGGACAUAGACUUCAAGGGGCAGCUGUGCGAGGUGUCCAAGACGUCAGAGUACAGGAUGCGUUAG